UUGGGUAGUUCAUUGCAGGGUCCGUGUUCCUCCUUGCUCCUUCCAGGGUGGGCCAUUCCUGUGUUGUCAUUACACACACACCUUUUUUGGGGGGUUUCCUUCUUACUAGCGGGACCCAUGUGCCUUUGUCUGCAAACGGAGUGGGAGUUUCUUACAGUAACUUGUGUUAUACUCAUGCUGUGGGUCUCCAGGAUCUGCUCAUGGGCCUCUCUCACGUUGACACCAGGGAGGCCCAUUAGGUCGUGCGCCUGCUUUAUGGACACAGGCCAUACAAUACUCCCUGCGUUCAUCUGCGCUGUGCAUACACAGCGUGGAUUCUGGCAAGCUGCUUGGUAUGUGGUUCCUCCAUCCAUGCCCUGUAGUUCUUGUGUGCCUAGUUUGUGUGCAGGUGGGGCAGGCAUUUCCUGUAUUUAUCCGUGUCCUGCACAGUCAGGGUGGGUGGGGCCUGAGGGCCUGAGGGCCUGUGAUGUGUAGGAGGUAUUCAGUGGUUCCAUGUCUCUUAUGCACGGCUGCGAAAGUCCCUGUACCUACUUUGUAUGCACAUGGGGUGAGUAUUUCUUGCAUUUAUUUGUUUUGUGCACACACUGUGGGUCCCAAGAGGCUGCUGCGCACACGGGGUAGUAGGUACUUCCGUGUCUGUUAAGAACGCUGCACGGUCCCGUGUACUUACUUUGUACGCCCGCGGGGUAGGUGUUUCCUGUAUUUAUUUCUGUUACGCACUUGCAUUGUAGGUCCCGGGAGCCCUCUCGGUACGGUACACGUGGGCAGUUGGUGAUUCUCACGUUUCUCUCACGCACCCAACGCGACGAUCCUGUGUGCCCAUUCAGUCGGCACGGGGCAGCCGGAUGACGGGUAACAAAGCGACAGGCAGUUGCUGAGCCCAGACCGAGCGGCGCGCCCGCGCCCUCCUCCCCCAAACCCCUUCCUGGUCUGGGUACCACUCGCAGCCCCAUCCUCUGCCCUGCACCGCAGCGCCCCCACCGGCCGGGGCCGGCGGCCACGUGUCCUCCUCAGACUCGGAGCCGACUUUGCCCGGGGCCCAGGGUCCCUUCCCCUUCAGCCUCCCUUUCCUUGCUCUCCCUCCCCAGCCUUACUGUGUCGGGCACAGGGGAGGUGUUCAGUGACCGUGUCCUGCCCUCCUUGCUUCCCUCCCCUCCCUGCUAUUUUUGUCUCCCCCAACCUGCCCUCCUGUUCUCUCCCCCUCCGCUCCCCUAGACCCCCUUGUUCCUCUCCUGGUCUCUGCUCUCACCCCAGCCUGCACCUAGCUUUCCCUAGGCUCUGCCUCUUUGUCCCCCACCCUGCCACACACACCUUUUCCAGUCUCAUUCUGUAUUUCGGACUCUCCAUUUAUCUCUUGGUGUCUCUGUCUUGUACCUCCCUAAGGAUUUCUGUCCACCAGGGCGCCUCUUCCAGUGUCUGUCUGUCUCCAUCGACCAUAUCUCUCUCUGUCUCUUUAGAUGUCUCCUCUGUCUCUUGCAGUCUCUGUCCAGGUCUCUGUAUCUCUGUGUUUCUCUGCGUCAUCACUUUGCCUCUGUAAAUCUCUGUCUUUGCUUUCUGUCUCUCACUGUCUGUAUUUCUUCUUGUCUCUUUUUCCGUCUUGGCCUCUGUGUCUCUCUUUGCACAUUUCUUGCUUUCUGUCUCUUAGGUUCCCUCUCGGAAUCCCUAUGUUUCUCUAUGUUUCUGUCUACAUCUCACGAGUCAUCUAUCUCCUUGCCUCUGCCCCUCUCUCUCUGUGCCUCUCUCUCUUUCUCUAUCUCAGUCUCUGUAUCUUUUGGUCUCUGUCAGUGUCUUUCUGGCUUUGCCUCUCUUGGGCUCUUUCUUCAUAUCUCUCUGACUCUGCAUGUCUCUCUUAUCUCCGUGUCUAUCUCUCUGUGCCUGUCUCUGUCUCUGUGUCUUCCUCUCUCUCUAUCUCUCCAGCUCUGUCUUGCCUCUUCCUCCCUCUUUCUCUGAGUGUGGCUCUUUCUCCUAUCUCUGGUUCUUGCAUGUCUCUCUCUCUUAUCUGUGUCUCUGUCUCUCUCUCUCUGUGACUAUUCACAUCUGCUGUCUGUCUGCUUCUUUGUGGCUGUUUUUUGGCUCUUCAUCUCUCUCUCUGCGUGGAUCUCUUCUCCUUAUCUCUUUGUCUCUGAGUGUCUCUGGUUCUUAGUGCCUCUCUCUGCUUUCAUGUCCCCAUCUGCUCUCCCCACCUCUCUCCUCACCACCCGCCCAUGCCUGUGUCUACAUGUUUCUGUGUGUCUCUGGCAUCUCUUUGCCUCUGUUAGUCUCUCCCUGCCUCCGUAUCCCCUGUACUCCCACCCUCUCCUCUCUCCCUUUCCUUCCUGUAUUCUGUGUCUCUGGUGUCUCUUUGAGUCUCUGGGUCUUAGGACAUCUCCGUGCCUUUGAGUCCCCCUCUGUUCCCCACCCCUCUCGCUCUGUCUCUGUGUUCAUAUGUUUCUGUGUGUCUCUGUGUCUCUCUGACUCUAUGUCUCUGUCUCUGGGCAUCUCUUUGUCUCUAUGAGUCUUUCCCUGCCUCUGAGUCCUCUGUGCUCCCUGCCUAUUCCCUCUCCCUUUUUCCCCUUGUCUCUGUCUCUGGAUGUCUCUGUGUCUCUGUGAGUCUCCUGGCCUCAGGGCACCUCCCUGCUUUUGAGUCCCCCUCUGCUCCUGCCCCUCCCUUUCCCCUCUGUCUCCUUCUGUGUGUCUCUGUGUAUCUCUGUGUGUCUCUGUAGGUCUCUGUGCUUUUCCUUGUCUCUGUGUCCCCCUCUAUUCCCCACCCCUCUCCCCUCUCUCUGUUACUGCAUCUCUAUCUGUUUCAGCCUCUGUCUGUUUCAGCGUAUCUCUGCGUGUCUCUGCGUGUCUCUGUCUCUGUGAAUCUCUGUGUCUCUGUGAGUCUGGGGCCUCUCCCUGCCUCCGUGUCCCCUGCGCUCCCCGCCCUCUCCCUCUCCCUCUCUCCCCCCUCGCUCUCUCGCUCGCGCUCUCUCUCUGAGCAUCCUUGGGCCCGGGGUUGCCAUGGGGACAAGGUGGGAGCCGGGGAUGGCGCGCGCCUGGGCUCGCGCCGGCAGCUCAGGCGAGGAGCAGCGGCCAGAGCAGCGCCAGCAGCAGGCAGCGAGCGGGCGCGGGAGCGGGAGCGGGAGCGGGGGUAGCGUUGGCGGCGGCGGCUCCUCCUCGGCCAUCCCCUCGGAGCUGUGCAGCUGACGCGCAUGGCGAAGACAGCGGCGCCUACCGAUGGGAGCAGCGGUUCUCUACUGGACCGGGUUGGUGGCUUGAAUGUAUUAGCUUCGCUGCUUCUGCCCAAGAGAAAUAAGAAUGUCUAAGCCCUUGGAGGCCGAGAAGCAAGGUCUGGACUCCCCGUCAGAGCACACAGACACGGAAAGAAAUGGACCAGACACUAACCAUCAGAACCCCCAGAAUAAGACCUCCCCGUUCUCUGUGUCCCCGACUGGCCCCAGCACCAAGAUCAAGGCUGAAGACCCCAGCAGUGACUCAGCCCCAGCGGCACCCCUGCCCCCCCAGCCGGUUCAGCCGCAUCUGCCCCAGGCCCAACUCAUGUUGACGGGCAGCCAGCUAGCCGGGCUCACGGCGCUGAUGCCAGCCCAGCAGCAGCUCCUCCUGCAGCAAGCGCAGGCCCAGCUCCUGGCCGCCGCGGCCGCCGCCGCCUCCUCCUCCUCCUCCUCCUCUUCCUCCUCCUCCUCGACCUCGCAGCCCCCAGCCUCCUCCGGGGGAGGCGACCUGCCGCCACCACAGCCUGCCAGCCAGCCCCCCGGGACCCCACAGCUCACCCUGUCCCAACCCAUCCAGCUCACAGCACAGGACAUCCAGCAGCUCCUGCAGCUCCAGCAGCUGGUGCUUGUGCCGGGUCACCACCUCCAGCCACCUGCUCAGUUCCUGCUGCCGCAGGCCCAGCAGAGUCAGCCAGGCCUGCUACCGACGCCAAAUCUAUUCCAGCUACCUCAGCAAACCCAGGGAGCUCUUCUGACCUCCCAGCCCCGGGCAGGGCUGCCCACACAGGCCGUGACCCGCCCCACGCUGCCCGACCCGCACCUCUCGCACCCGCAGCCCCCCAAAUGCUUGGAGCCACCAUCCCAUCCCGAGGAGCCCAGUGACCUGGAGGAGCUGGAGCAGUUCGCUCGCACCUUCAAGCAACGCCGCAUCAAGCUGGGCUUCACGCAGGGUGACGUGGGUCUGGCCAUGGGCAAGCUCUACGGCAACGACUUCAGCCAGACGACCAUCUCCCGCUUCGAGGCCCUCAACCUGAGCUUCAAGAACAUGUGCAAACUCAAGCCUCUCCUGGAGAAGUGGCUCAACGACGCAGAGACUAUGUCUGUGGACUCAAGCCUGCCCAGUCCCAACCAGCUGAGCAGUCCCAGCCUGGGUUUCGACGGGCUCCCCGGCCGGAGACGCAAGAAGAGGACCAGCAUCGAGACAAACGUCCGCUUCGCCUUAGAGAAGAGUUUUCUAGCGAACCAGAAGCCUACCUCAGAGGAGAUCCUGCUGAUCGCAGAGCAGCUGCACAUGGAGAAGGAGGUGAUCCGCGUCUGGUUCUGCAACCGGCGCCAGAAGGAAAAACGCAUCAACCCCUGCAGCGCGGCCCCCAUGCUGCCCAGCCCGGGCAAGCCAGCCAGCUACAGCCCCCAUCUGGUCACGCCCCAAGGGGGCGCCGGGACCCUGCCGUUGUCCCAAGCUUCCAGCAGUCUGAGCACAACAGUUACUACCUUAUCCUCAGCUGUGGGGACCCUCCACCCCAGCCGGACAGCUGGAGGGGGUGGGGCCGGGGGCGGGGCCGCGCCCCCCCUCAAUUCCAUCCCCUCUGUCACUCCCCCACCCCCGGCCACCACCAACAGCACAAAUCCCAGCCCUCAAGGCAGCCACUCGGCUAUCGGCUUGUCGGGCCUGAACCCCAGCACGGGAAGCACAAUGGUGGGGUUGAGCUCCGGGCUGAGUCCAGCCCUCAUGAGCAACAACCCUUUGGCCACUAUCCAAGCCCUGGCCUCUGGUGGAACCCUGCCCCUUACCAGCCUUGACAGCAGCGGGAACCUGGUGCUGGGGGCGGCUGGCGCGGCCCCAGGGAGUCCGGGCCUGGUGACCUCGUCACUCUUCUUGAACCACGCCGGGCUGCCCCUGCUCAGCGCCCCGCCUGGUGUGGGCCUGGUCUCGGCAGCCGCGGCGGCCGUGGCGGCCUCCAUCUCCAGCAAGUCUCCUGGCCUCUCCUCGUCCUCGUCCUCGUCCUCGUCCUCGUCGUCCUCCUCCACUUGCAGUGAGGCGGCAGCACAGACCCCUGGAGGCCCAGGGGGGCCCGAGGUAGGGUCCAAGCCUGAGUGAGGGCCCGCCACGCCUCCCCUCCUCCUCCUCUGACCCCCGCCUCCGUCCCCCACCUGGGAAGAGGGCGAGGAGGCCAUUGGUGGGGAUGCAGAGGGUCCUCGGAGCAGGAGUGACGAGGGAGGAAAGACCAAAAAACAAGAAACAAAAAAACAACCAACCAAAAAGAAAGAAAGAAAGAAAGAAAAGAAACCAACCAACAGAAAAAAGAAAACCAAAAAUAAUCACAAAGAAACCAGCUGCCCCAAAGGAACAAGAGGUGAAAAACAAACAUUAAAAAAAAAAAAAGAAAACCAAAAACAAACAAAAAAUCCCUCACCAAACCGAACAAACCAAAAACCAGUCUCGAGCCAGACCUCAGUGUGCUCACCCUCACUGCUACGACACCAAAUAAGAACCCCAGCCAGGGGCGGAGAAGCCUCGGCAGGGCGGACGCGCGGGCCCCUGGCUGCGGGGCGAAGCCUCCCGCUGCGUGUGGCGUGGGCAGAGAAGGAAAAAGAGAAUGUACCAGCCUCCCAGCCGCAGCCCUCAGUCCUGGGCCAGCCAAGGCAGGGAGGGCACAGCCUGGGGCUGAUGGGGUGGGCUCAGAACCACCCGCCAAAUAUUCCUUUCCAGAAGGUGAAAGAGAAAGGGCCUGAACAACUUUACACCAAAUAUUCAGUAGCUUCAUCCAAAGGAUGUACAGAAUUUUUAGCGUUGUGCUCAACAGAAUGUGUCCCUGUCAUGUGUCCCCCCUCUCGCCCGGCCCCCAGCUCUCCCUGCCCGGGCAGGGGGGUCUCGCUUUAACCUCCUCCCUACCCCAGCCAGGGGAGAGUUCAGGGGAAGGCCUGGGCUGACUUUUCACCCCUUGUACCUCCCCCUUUUUCCCUUUGAAGGGUGGGCUAGGCCGUUUUGCCAAGUUCUAGCUCUCACAUGUCCCCCCUCAACCCUGUCACCCUCCUCUGCUCUGGAAUCUCCCCCCCAUCCCUAGUCCGAGGGAAGGUGGAAGCUUCAGGCAAGAGAGGAUGAGGUGAGGGCUUUCAAGUUGUCUUUUUUUCCAUCCUCGUCUGUCAGUUUCCCUGAAAAAAAAAAAAAAUUCAUAUUCCAGUGCCUAUCCGUGGGAUCCUUCACGUUCUUUGACAUUGACCAGAAACCAAAAAGAGAACUCACCUCGCUCUUCCCACCCUGUGCCCCUCCGAUACUGGCAGAUGCCUCUUCCUCUCCCCUCACACACAUGCAUACACGCACGCACCCCAGUGGUGGGGUUCCUCGAGAUGGCGUCCCCAUCAGGGUCCGUGUGGCAGGGACAGUGCCGUGACCUGUGGCCCCCAUCCGAGAGGGCGCUGUGGUGGCCACCACUCCCACAAGACCUCCCUCAAGUCUUGGCUGGACCCUGUGUUUGCCCAGCCCUGGACACAUCUCGACGGACAGAGGAGAGACGCUGCUGGGAGCCACGUUGCCCUCCUGCUGUUGUGGAGGCCAACAAAGUUCUGAACCAAAAAAACAAAAACAAAAAACCAAACAAUAAAUUAAAACUAGAAAAAAAAAAAGAAUUUAUAGAUAUAUAUAUAUUUAAGGGAAAGAAGACGAGGACUCUUCAAAGGAUACGAAGGAGCCGCGAGGGGGAGCCAAGCCCCUGCACCAGUGGUCCAGGCCCUUGGUCCCCGAGGCGGAUGGAAGGACGGAUGCUUCUUUCUCUUCACAAAUACCUCAUGGACGUCGUCUUCGGGAAAGCCGGACGGGGGCGGCUGGGGCAGGGCCUGUCCCUCAGCCAGGGCGGAUGGAAGCGGGUGGGCAGGGCUGAGAGAGGGUGUCAGGGACAGGGGUGAAGAGCCCCGAGCUCCCCGCCCCCCCAAUCAACUGAAAAAGCUUUAAAAAAAAAAAACAGGAAAAAAAGGAAUAAGAAAGCAAAAAAGAAUGGACGAAGGAAAACUAACAAACUUUCGGGUGGUUUGAUUCCUCCUUUGAGUUCUUCUUCUGUUCUCUGCAGUCUGUCCUCUUCCCUCUGUCUCCUCCUUUCUCUUGGUCUGUCUCUCCCUCUUCCUUUCCUCUGCUUUCACCUCUCUUAAUCUCCUUCUUUCUGUGUCUCUCCUCAAACCAAAGUGUUGCUGUGAAGGACGCGAGCCAUUGAAAUCAGAGUGGCCCCCGCCCCUCGCCGGGCAGGAGCAGAGGGAGGGGAGAGCCCCGGGAGAUGGGCAGUGCCGCCGGACACUUCCGAGGAGAGGCAGACAGAGCCUCAGACACCACCCCGGGCCCCGAGGCCUCAGCGUUCUCUCUCUUUCUUGCCUCCCUUCUCCCACUCGGGAAAUGAAGCUGUUGGGCUGGGACAUGGAGGCAGCAGAGGCUCAGCUGUUUCAGGGGUCUCGGGGUGCCUUGUCUGGGCAAUGGUGGAGUGGCUGCCCCUCCCACCCUGGCACCGAUGGGGCCUGGCCUGCCGUCGACCCAUCCUCGCCAGAAUGUAAGCUUCUCCGCUGAACCGACUCCCUGCCCUUACCCUACCUCUGAGUUUGUCCAUUUUUAUUUCCUGAAGAGAAGGGACUGGCUAGAGGGCCUGGGCCCCAGCCCAAGGGUGGAGAGGGGGCCAAGGGCUCCUGAACAGAUAGGAAGGACAUUUGAGCAGAGCCAAGUGAAAGGAAUUACAACCAAAAACCCCUCUGAGAAGACAGGCAGCAUGGAAGGCAUGGUGGCGAUGACUCAAACAAAAACUAUGAUUCUAGACCAAAAAAAAGGAAAAAAAGAAAAAAAAAAAAAAAAGCAAGAAAAAAAGAAAAAAAACAGAAAAAAGAAAAAAAAAAAAAAAAGGAAAGAAAAUCCAGGACUCACCACCACCCACUUCAUCCUGCUUCCUCUCCAUCAAGUCCUGCCACCUGGGACCUUCCUCCACCCCAGUGUGGGAGGAGCGGGGCAGAGGGGAGAGGAGGAAGCAGGGGGCAGGGAUGGGGCUGAUGCCCUGACAUUGGUGGAGGGACCCCUGUGCAGCCGGGGUGGUGGGGACCCUCCCCGUCCGACCCCCAUAACUGGGAAAAGAAAAACAAGAAAAAAAGAAAAUUCCUGGAAGGGGGAAAAAUAACCAAAUCCCAAGCUUUAACUACAGCUGUGAAACCAAAUAUUGGGAAGGGGGUGGGAGGGAGGGAGGGGCAAGUGCGCCCCAGGUCUCCCCCCUGGGCCCCCUCCCCCGAGGACUCGAGAUAAGGCACCAAAUACCUCAUAGAACUUUAAUGUUAAAAAAUGGAAACCAAAUAUCGUUGGCUGGGGGCCAGCCAGGGCAAGGGGCCGGGGGCCUGGGGGAGCCAGGGUUGGGAAGGUGAUGGGGGAAUUCAUGCCCCCCAACCCCCUCUGCCCCUUUCACUCCAGUCCCCCACCCCGUC